AUUAAAGUUUCCUAGUCCAACUUCCGGAUUUGUCGUUUCCGGUCUAUCGAGUAGAGUUGGAUGUGAGGUAGUGUGAAAAAUGACUAUCGGAGGAAUACGUCCCCGCUGUUUCUUUGAUGUUACAAUUGGAGAUCAGUCAGCGGGGAGAAUUGUGUUUGAACUCUUCAAUGACGUGUGCCCUAAGACCUGUGAAAACUUCAGAGCUCUAUGCACAGGGGAAAGGGGCACUAGUGAGAAGACUGGACAGACUCUCCACUACAAGGGCGCCCCCUUUCACCGUGUGGUGAAGGACUUUAUGGUCCAGGGAGGCGAUUUUACUAAAGGUGAUGGUACAGGGGGUGAAUCUAUUUAUGGAGAUGUCUUCCAAGAUGAGAAUUUUAAAAUCAAACACGAUAAAGAAUUCCUCCUUUCCAUGGCUAAUCGUGGAAAGGACACAAAUGGAUCCCAAUUUUUCAUAACCACAAAGCCAGCACCACAUUUGGACAAUGUCCAUGUUGUGUUUGGCCAUGUACUGAGUGGACAAGAUAUUGUCAAGAAGAUUGAAAGUCUUCCCACAGAUGCCCGGAGCCGACCCAGUACCAUUGUAGCCAUCUCAAAUUGUGGUGAACUGGUCCUUCAAUACAAAAGAAAAGGAACCAAAAAAAAGAAUGUUCAAGCCUCCGCAUCGUCCUCCAGUUCGGAGUCCUCUAGUUCCGAGUCAGAGUCAUCAAGCUCCGAUUCUGAGCAAGAGAAAAAGAAGAAGAAAAAAAAGAAAAAGGAGAAGAAAAGUCGAUCAAAGAACAAGAAGAAGACAAAGGAGUCACGUGACGAGAGAGCAGCAUCUGAAGAAGGGGAAAUUGAAGAAGGAGAAAUAGAGCCUGAGAAAGAAAAACUUCUGACCGUAUUUGCUGACAUCCGACGAGAUGAAAUCCCUGAUGUGCCAUUUCAGAAGUUUUUGUACCGUGGCAAACCUGAUGAAGAUGCUAAUGCUGGUGGAGAUUCAAGGCCAACAAACCGUGACAGACAGCAGUCACCACGUGGGUAUGAGAAACGGCGCCCUCAGGAUGGCAGGCCCUACAGUUCAAGAGUGAAGUAUUCUUCAACUGGUCGUCGCAUCAAAGGCAGAGGAAGCAUUCGAUUUCGGUCCCGAAGUCGGUCACGCAGUGUUACACCUCCUCACUGGCGUCGUGAACUGAAUCGCAUCAUCAAACCCACCCAGCAGCCAAACCCACAGACAGAGGAUCGCUGGGUCAAAGGUGACCGUCUGCAGCAAAACGAACGUCCUGGGGCCAAAUCACGACUAGGAAUCCGUGUGGAGUCAGAACACAUGGAGGAACAGCAAUUUGAAAGAGGAAGAUCUGGCAACGAUGAAGACGAUGGAGAAGAAGAACAGACCAGAGGAGGGAAGAAGGAGAAAGAAAAGCAGAAGGAAAAGACCGAGAACAAGAAACACAAGAAGCACAAAAAGAGUGACAAACACAAGAAGAAGCAUAAAAAUGACAAAGAUGUUGGCACGGAUGAGGAGAAAAACAAGAAGCAGGAAAGGAGUAGAAGACAAAAGGAUGAGUCUGAUGAAGAGAAAGGGAAGCAGAAGACUAUGCAGGACCCGGCAGAAAUCAAUAGUGGUGCUGAGAGUGACAGCGAUGCAAAGAACAGAAAGAGUGAGCAAAGAAGAGUACAGAAACGUACAGAGAAAGAAGAAAAGUCACUUGGGAAGUUAGGUCAACAUGGUCGUUCAGGCAGUCGUGACAAGAGAGCUCAGCCAGAAACUCAAAAAAGGAUGAAAAGCUCUUCAAGAGACAGGCGAGAUAGUCGUAGAGAUUCUGAGAAAAAGAGUCACUCAAAGUCUCCUCCUGUAGAGAAAAAAGAUAAAAAAACACGUGGAAGAGACAGAAAAGAUUCUGACUCACAGGACAAACGAUCAGCAGACAGACGAAGAUCAAGGUCACGAGAAAAGCGAGUGGCUCAGCAGCGCUCAAGAUCAAAAGAAGGUGCUCAGCUUCGCAGGUCACGCUCAGCAGAUAAACGACAACCUUCUCAACGACAAAACUGGUCACCAGAAAAAAGGAGACCACUUCGCAGCCAUGAUGACCGCAACAGAUCCAAUUCAGGUGAUCGCAGGCAUUCCAAGUCACAUUCACCAAACCGAAGUCGUCGCUCAAGAUCCAAGGAAAGCGAAACAAAGCGUAGAUCAUUGCCAGAAAGACGAGUUGGUUAUGCAAACAGAUGGAGACGGGGUAGUCCAGGAUUCCGAAGAAGCCCAGCACGCAGGAGUGGUCCAAACAGGGGACGCUCUCCACCACGAGGAAGGAGGGGCAGGUCAUCAUCAAGUUCAUCAGAGUCAGAUUCAGAUGCUGAACGCAAGAGAUUGCGUGAACUGGAGGCUCGAAAAGCCAGGCUGUUGAGUCGGCCUGUCAUGCGUAAAUCUGAAAGCCCACCACCAACACAUUGGAAGCCUGGUCAGAAGCCACUGGCUGGUAAAUCGGCUUCUAACAGCACCUUAGAUGCACCAUCGCAUCUGGAAAGUGAGGCACCUGCUCAUGGCCAACAGCUGUUAAAAGAUCUGCCAUUGCCAGAAACCACAUCUCAGCAGCUAGCUUCCUCCAAAACAUCACAUGAGAAAUUGGAAACAUCGGAGAAACCAAAAAUUCUCUAUGAUUUAGAUGCUGAGGAGCCUAUGACUACAAUACCUGUCAAGGCACCACAGCCUACAAAUGAGAAGGCCAUGAGAUCUAGGUCGUCGUCCUCGUCCUCUGUCAGUUCUCGGUCUCGUUCAGGCUCCAGCAGCGAUUCACGGUCACCACCUAAAAAAAGGGCCUCAUCUGACAGUGAUGCGGACGCCAAGAAGGAGAAGAAAGUAGUGGAGGAACGACUUAAGUGGCAGCCUCCCCCAGAACCAGAAGAUUUGGACCAUGAAGACAUGGAUAUAUCACCAGUCCAGCAGGCAUUAGCUCUUGUGAAAGAGGUUGAGAGCCCAGCAGUUCGCAUGAAGACACCUCCAAUACCGCCUUUAGAAAAGGUAGCUGUUGUUGCUUCUGAGAUGGCCAGGAAGCGAGAGGAAAUGAGUCGCAAUAAUCCUUCAAGCAUACCUCUUCCUCCCUGCGACUCAAUGCUACCAGUUUCUGCCCCCUUACGGCCAGUCACCCCACCACUGCCCCCACCACCUCUCACUCCUCCACCUGCAUCGACCAUAAAGCCCAGAGGACGUGAUGAGUGCAGCAGUAGUGGUGGCUCCAGAAUGAGCACAGACUCUGAGUCAGACACUGGAGACAGGUCCAAGGGUCAAGAAACAGGUCUAACAAAACAGCCUCACAGUCCUGGCAAGGCCAGCGAGAAAAGCCCUGUUAGGGAUCCCAGUAAUAAGCAAAGAUCACACUCAUCAUCUGUGUCUUCUUCAGGCUCAUCUAGGUCUCCUUCCCCACAGAAGACGCAGCUGCCAGAAGACACGUCUGUGCAUCCACCAGCUCAAGGAGAAAAGCAGGUCACAGAGCAUGGUCCCAGAUCUCCUGAUAAAACUGCACCACCACCCAAGGCCCGUUCACGAUGGGAUGCCAAAGGCCCCAAACCAGUAGCAGAGUUGGCAAAAGAGGUUGUGGUCCCAGAGGAGCAAACAAGCCAGAAAGAUGCAGAGAAAAAGUUACCUAGUGCUGGCAGUCCCAAGCGACAAGCUAGAGACAGCAGCAGUUCUAGCAGCAGUAGCAGUAGCAGCAGCAGUGAAGGUGACAGUGAUAGUAGUUCAAGUCCAGCAAGCCGCUCUAGCAGUGCCAGCAGUAGAUCUGCAUCUGCUGCAAAAACUGAAGAAAAACAGAAGAAGACUGUUAUUGCUAAAGCUAAAUCCCCAGAGGUAGAGAAGAAAAGGGACACUCACAGCAGUCGGGUCAGAUCUUCUGCAUCAUCUCCACCACCCAGAAAGAAGAGUCCGGAAGAAGUCAGGUCUCGAGCCAAGGAUAGCGACAGGCCACGUUCAGACAAGGUGCGACCAAAAGAAGCUGAGAGAUCAAGAUCAAGGUCUUACAAAGGUAGAGGUUCAAGAUCGCCCAGAAGACCAAUUCGCUCCCCUAGAAGAUCAUCCGGUCGCAGAUCUCCACUUCGCUCUCCUAUCCGAAGAUCACCUAUUAGGUCUUUCAGACGGUCUCCAAGAAGAUCACCAAUAAGGUCAUACAGGCGAUCACCUAUCAGAAGAGUAUCCAGGUCCCCACGUCAAGGUAGGCGACGUUCCAGAUCCCCGCCUAGGAAAUCGCCAUCGCAGUCUUCACGGAGGAGAUCUCCAUCACCAUCUCCAGCCAUCUCUAAACGCAGGAGUCAAAGAUCACCCAGGCAUCGUCAUGUUGUGCCUCGCCGUUCACGCAGCAACAGUCGUGGUACUGGCACCAGACGUGGACGCAAGCGGUCUGCCUCAGUCAGUAGCAACAGCAGCAGCAAUGCAAGCCCCAGCAGAAAACGUUCAAAGCGUGCAUCAUCCUCUUCAUCAUCUUCAUCCUCGUCUUCAGAUUGAAGUUUCUCUUGCUGCUGUAUGCAAAUAAAGACCAGCCAUCAUACUUAGAGGGGGUGGGGUAUUUCUUUAGGGAAUGCUGGAAAUAAAGGGGAGCUUUCAUUUCUUGUUUGCCUUCAACAUCUACAGAGUAGCCAUUGUGAAGUGUUUGGAGUAUUUAUCGUAGGCCUUUUUAUCUAAGAGAAUGACUGGCAAUUUAAACGCUGUAGAUUUUUACACCCAUGUUUUGAGUUAAUAAGCUUUUACUUUAUCAGAACCACUCACGAGUUGAUAAUGAUUGAUUAUGCAUGGAGUAAUGUUAUAAAAUCUGUUUCUGACAGACCCUGGCAUUUUAGGGGUUUUUUUGUUUUGUUUUGAAGUACAGCAUCUGAUUGCACAUGUGCAUGCACACACACAGCCUUAAGUUUUGACAAGUAUUAGAUAUGCAUUUAUGUUUUAAAUCUUUACAUUGAAAAAUUUUAAAAUUGCUGAUGCUUGAACAGAAAAGGAGAUGGCAAGCCAUUUUGUUCUCUUAGUGUCAAGUGUCAGUUUCUGCACUUAAACAAUGGGUUUGGGCAUCUGCUACAGACUUGUACUGCAAGUAUGUUUAUUUGCUGGUCACCAAUGGCUUCAUAUCCUUAGUGAUUCUUGGCGAAAAGACUAAGUCAUGGGAGCAGUCUGUAACAUGCCCAUGCAGUUAACUUAUAAUUUUCAAGUGACCCAAGUGCAAAACCAAAGUCAUGGGUAGAAAUUAAUGAAAAAGGCAUAUAUUUAGGUUUCUUUCAUGUUGUUUUGAAAAGGUUAAACUUUUGACAAGAUCCUCUCAUAAAAAGCUCAGACUCGUCACUUUGUUUCAGAUUUAUUGUAUGGCAUCCUUUAAAAAAAAAUGCUAAUUUCAGUCGUGUUGGACGGUUAUUUGCUUCGGACACAGCGAGUAAAUCUGUGCAUAAGCAUAGUGAUACUGCUGAUAACUGACAUUCAAACCACACAGCAGUAUUGAUAUCAAUUUCUUUGGCUUAUGCACAUUUUUUUUAAAAAAGGCAAACAGUAAAUAUUUAUUACCAAUGUAUAGAUCAGUCGCAGACAAACAUUAGGGGGUAAAAGAAUUGUAUAUGUUAACUCUAAUUUGCUCUGUGGAAUAAAUCAUCUUCACAUUACGAGCAUCUUGCAUUUCUAAAUCUUUUUUUUUUUUUUUUUUUUUUUUUGCAAAAUCCCUGACUUUUUCUCUCUCUCAAACUCCUUAGUGUUCAGAGAAACAACUGGUACGAAGAAACCCACACAUCUCUGCACUCAGUCACAGGCACCAAACAAGGCACAGUUUCAGGCCAUCACUAGGCACAUACAUCACAAACUACUUCAUGUUAAACCAUUCAUUGCCUUGUAUACAUUUAUAUGUACCACCUUAAAGUUCUACUCAUGUCGCUCUGAAUGUAAAUCCUAUACGUUUCUAGUGAGGUUAUGCCAAAGUACAAUAUCCUGCAAAUGUUAGGGUUAAUGACCUGGCAUAUCUGUUCAAGGAUCAAUGCUCUGGCUUGAUGCCUGUAAAAUGUAGUAUCUGUUUCAGUAACAUUUAUCACUAAGGAGAACAUGUAAGCCCCCUUUAUUGAAAUCUAAUGAUUUGAAGUUGUAUCCAAAGGUUGGGUUUCAGUUUCAAAUAGAAUCUUCUAUUAAGUCCAUGACACAAAAGCCAUGGUGAAAAGCAAAUAUUGAAAAUAAAUGUACUUGCAGAUGUUCCUCUUUGUUCUUGCAGAAACCUAAGCUGUAACGUCAAGCAAGUGGUGGUGUAGUACAUUCACCUACGGUAUUUGAAGCUAUCUUUGUAUCUAUGGAAUGAAUGUUCCCGAUUGAAAAUACUAAAAUUGUUUAGAAAAAA